AUGGGCUCGCAAUCCAUCCCCACCGUCUCCGUCAAGGUCGAGUUCGGCGGAGGGCUCGAACUGCUCUUCGCCAACCAGCGCACACACCGCGUCGCCCUUCUCGCGCGUCUGCCAUCACCAGCCAGUGGGACGGCAGGACCCAGCAAUGACGGACAGAGCGAUGUGGCAGUGGCAGCGGCGGCGGCGGGACGCCCCGCGGACGUCGCGUACCUCAUACACUGGCUGCGCGACAACCUGCUCACGGAGCGGCCGGAGCUGUUCGUCGAGGGCGAGACCGUGCGGCCGGGUAUACUUGUGCUCGUGAAUGACACGGACUGGGAGCUUGAGGGCGAGGGCGACUACGUGCUCAAGGAGGGAGACGAGAUCGUGUUUAUCUCGACGCUGCAUGGUGGCUAG